AUGCCGGCCUCCGCAAUCUACACUACUACAAUGGCUACGCCUUCUGCAAGUGACGGCGCCGCUGCCGUCUACGACCAGUCGACCGUCUGCAGACUUCCAAAGGACUCGCAGCCCAUCUGCGGGCAUGUGUUUGCCACGGUGUCGCCCAGAACGAUUAAACAGCACAUCAGCAUGCACCACCCCGAAUAUAUCCAGGGCGAGCGGACCAACUGCGGCUGGUGCACGGACUCUGCGACGGGUCGUACAUGCGGCCACGGCCUCUCGAAAGGUCAUCUGCACAAGCAUAUUUGCAACGUGCACCUCAAGAUGGCCGUUUGCUGGUGUAGCUGCUGCGGUGGCGUGUUCUCCCGCCCCGACGCGCUCAAGCGUCAUCUGAAGAAUACCAAGUGCGGGGGCAUCGAUGCGGAGUAA